AUGAGCUAUUAUUCGACUGCCAAGAAUGUAUCAAUUCCGGACCAUGUUUCAGUUGGAGCUGUCAUUGGCAGAGGAGGUAGCAACUGCAAAGCGCUUCGUGAGAAACAUGGUGUUCGAUGCUUUGUAGAUCGAACCGACCGAAAAGUGGCGCUGAAGGGGCCGAGAAGUUGUAUUGAAAGUGCGGAAGAUGAACUCGUAAGGUUAUUCGCCUCUCUUGAGACCACCAAGUCUAGUGAACGACGAGUCUUUGAAGUCGUAGCGCGUGACGGGCCAUCCUAUUGGUGGACAUUUCAAAAGGACAAAGAGGCUUCUAGUAACUUUGAAGUUGAAGAGUUUCCGUAUCGCCUUCAGCAGUCCGGACGAGCUGUGAAGACUGCCAGUCAGGAUGAAGCUUGGAUCAAGGAGUUUUAUGAAGACGAUACAACCAAUGUGAUGAGUUAUCUUCUAGAGGAUCCGUCAAAAUUGCCGCCCAAGAUUAAAUUGUCGUUUGGGAAACUAUGCUUCAAAUUUAAGUCCAUACGCUAUGAGGAUUCGACUAUCGCGUGGCCGGAGCUGCAGAAACUCGACUAUUGCCAUGACUUCUUGACGCGCUGGUCCAACUUUUGCAAACGGACGUCGCCUCCCAUCGCAGCUUUGAUGGACGACCUGGAGGAGUGGAUGAAGGAAGGGGUGAAGGUGCAAAAGUUGCUGUCCGUGCAUGUUGCUAUUUCUAGAGACAGGGGGUUUAACAUGAAGUACCAUCUCGUCGAAGGCCAGUGGGAACUGUACAAGGCGUACAGCAAACGCCACGUAUAUGGCAGCUACGACGUCAUUUUCAAUAAUGACAUUUCGUUCCGCUUGCGCGCUGUUACCCGCGAGAAGAUUUCGAAGAAUGCCUCGGCUGAUAUCGAACGCCACCUUGACAUCUCGAUCCCAGACGAUGGUGACUUUUAUCGUACCGAAGUCUCUUUAAACAGGACAGCCCCAUUAGGGAUGAAGAUCGACUCGUUCGAAGCGAGGUCGAAAGCUUAUGUCGAGGCAAACGGUCUUUGCUUUGCUAUUUGCUACAUGGACCAACGUCAAGAAGAGUUCCGUCUUGAUUGUCGCUUAUCGAACACAGAGAAGGAAAAGCUGGACGUUAAGGACAACGAAGCUCAAGUGGUGCUGAAGAAGGUGUUGCAGAUGCUGCAGUAA